GAGGGAGUGACACAGUGGCAGUGCUCGACAGUGCUGUAUGCGUUGUUUACAUUCUUGAGACACCACCAAGCAAUCAAGCAGCUGGAGGAAGCUAACUAACUAACUAACGUAUCUAGUUAAACUGUCACCACAAUAGAAAUUAUGUGAAUCAAAAUACAGCUUGAUAAAUGUAUGACUUGUAUGUAUGACUAGGCUAGCUAACUAUCCCUUUUAGUUUGUGAUAGGCGUUUGAUGACUUGCCCAUGCACCUGCAUUAGCUAGAAUAGUACUGCCUGCAUUUAACAUGUUGUCCUAAAGUACAGUAAGCCUAUUGCCAUUACAUAUUGCCAUUGCAUUUGGCUAUAUGCAAACAUGCCAUGCAUACAUUAGUCUUCAUAUACAACUUGUCCUAUAACAGGGUGUUUUAAUGAAAAUGUAGCAUGACCUCUAUUCAUAAUUUAAAAUAGCCACAAUGUGACCUUUUGUUCAUUUGUUUGUUUUGGUAAACAUGACUUUAGCAACCAUUUCAGCUAAUGUAAUAAUAACUGCAGUUGAACUGUGUAACUAUACUCUGGAAGAAAACCCUCUGUGUGUGUCUCUUGUGUUUGGCCCUGUCUGGCUCUCACAUGCUUCUAAUCAGCUUGACAAACAGGAAGAUUCCGCGAAGAGUGAGCCAGGAGCCCUGCGUGUGUGUGAGCCCACACCAUGGCGUGCUGCCGGCUGUGCUCCAGACUGUGUCCCAGGCUGUGCUCCCGCUCCUCCGCAUACACUCUGGCCCUGGGCUUGGGCUUCGUCACCCUGGGCACCUCUCGCAUCCUGCUGCUCAAGUUCUCUGCCAACACACAGAACAAGUAUGACUUCCUCCCUGCGUCUGUCAACCUGCUGGCAGAGGGGCUCAAGCUGCUCUUCUGUCUUGGCAUGUCUCUGAGAGUCAUGGUCAGAGAGGGUCGUUCAUGUCGAGAGCUGGGCUGCUCCUCGGGCUCUGCCUUCCUGAGUUUCAUGAAGUGGUCCGUCCCCGCCUUCCUUUACUUUCUGGAUAACCUCAUCAUCUUCUACGUCAUGACCUACCUACAGCCUGUGAGUUUAAUAAUAACACACUGCAGUGUUUUAAAUGCUAAUGUUAAAGCCUCGGUUGUCUCUGAUUCCUUUCCCCCACAGGCCAUGGCAGUGUUGUUCUCCAAUGUUGUUAUCCUGACCACAGCUAUCCUGUUCAGAGUUGUGCUGAAGAGACACCUGUCCUGGGUGCAGUGGGCCUCCCUGGUCAUCCUCUUCCUGUCCAUUGUCUCCUUGACGACGGGGUCGGGAGGCAGCCAACGGGCCAUAGCGAUGCCGGGCCUCCACCCCAGCCCCCUCUCCCCACCCACCAACAGCUGCCUGCUCUACACACAGCUAGAGGAGCAACGAAGGAACGACAGGUUGUCAGAGCGAUGGAUGGGAGGGAAGGAGGAAGGGAGGCAGUCAAUGUGGAAUUCAGCACUCCUCUGUACAGUUAACUCCAGCACAUGGAGCUCAGUGCUGCCGGGACAGGCUGAGGCGUGGCGGGGGAGGCUGAUGGGGACCCUGCGCUCUCUGGGCAUGGGUCACAUCCUCCUGGUGCUCCAGUGUUUUAUCUCCUCCAUGGCCAACAUCUACAAUGAGAAGAUCCUCAAAGAGGGAGACCAGCUCCAAGAGAGCAUCUUCAUCCAGAACAGCAAACUGUACAUGUUUGGCAUGCUGUUCAACGGUCUGACUCUGGGUCUAGGGGGCGAGGCGAGGGGUCUAACCGUCCGUUGUGGCCUCCUUUACGGUCACAACGUCUACUCACUGGGACUGGUGCUGGUCACUGCUGCCCUGGGCCUGUCGGUGGCGUUCAUCCUGAAGUUCAGAGACAACAUGUUCCACGUGCUGACAGGCCAGAUCACUACAGUCCUGGUCACGGCCCUGUCCCUCUUCCUCUUUGACUUCCACCCCUCGCUGGACUUCUUCCUGCAGGCGCCAGUGGUGCUGCUCGCCAUCUUUGUCUACAACGCCAGCCGGCCCAAAGACCCUGAGUAUGCCCUGCAGCGUGAGAAGCUGCGCGUCAUUAACGGAGAGGUGCUGCAGAGGUCGCGAGGGGAUGGGGAGGAGCUGGAGAGGCUGACCAAGCCAAACACAGACAGUGAAUCAGAGGAGGAGUCUGUCUAGCCUCCCAUUAUGACUUCACAAUGGCUCAACCCUGUGAUGUCAUCAGUGUGCCUGACUCUGUGACAUCACAAUGGACAAACUGUCAGUCCUGAAUUAUGACUUUGCUAUAACCUGGCCUGUGACAUCAUCAGCCUGUGACAUCAGAAUGGACAUGCUAUGUAUUAUGACAUCAGAGCGGCUUGGCCUGUGGUUUUGUUGGCCUACUGUGAUUGUCAUAAUUUAUUGUACGUCAUAGAUGCGGUAAAGAGGUCAAUGGAACUCGACACAAACAUGGAAAUGCCAUGGAAACGCAUGGGGGAAAAGAUCCUGAGUCUCUUCAUUUCCCCCCAGCAAAAUUAUCCUACAUUUAGGCUAUUGUUUAUAUGUGUAUUCCACACUACGGUAUGUUGAGUAUAAUGCGUGUAUGGAUGUCAAUCCCAAUACAUGUUCAUGUCAACACCAAUCAACUGCAUUGCAGGUAAAAACGACUGACUACCAUGACCGAUUUCUAUAUGCUAGCUAUGCUACCAGCUAAUACGAACAGGAGUUAGCAUUUAGCAGUCACUUCUUCUAAGCCUGAAAAUAAACAACUUUUAAAUGUUAUUCUGCAAAAACUGGCAAAUAUAUCAAAAUCCAAUUUUAGUAGCCACAUUGUGGGCUUUGUUCACAAAUAUUCACUUUGUUAGAUCAGACUUGUUGAAUGUGCGCCAAUCCGGCAUCCUUCUUUCCUCCAAGGUCUGCGUUCCAUUGACCUCUUUACCGCAUCUAUUCAGAAAUGUGCUUGUUUGUGUAUGAAAUAUGAUAUACAAAUAAUAUUGUAAUGGAAGAAAUGCUAAAUAUACAAUUUUGUAUACGUUGUUGUAUUUAAAAUAAUGCAAUUGCUGUUAUUGACACAGUGGCAAGGAUUACAGCUGUCAGAUGUUGAGAAGUUGAUAUCUGCCAGUAUGAUCUUAUUAUGUCUCUGUUUUUAUUAUACAUUUGUUUGCAUUAUGUUGGUGGCUAUUAAGAAAUCUACUCAAGGCUGUUGGAUGUUUGGGAGGUAAGUUUGUUUUUCUAAUGGCCAACUACUCAGUUUGUCUUAACGUUAUUAAGUACUCACAAAGACCAUACAGUACUAGCACACGGACCAUGUGAUUUCUUCUGGUCUCAGUCCAUGUUAUGUUCAGAAAACCCAAUCUGACGGUAAAACAUGUAAGAUUGUGUUUCACAUUACUCACUGAUUAAGAAUUGGCUUCUCUAGUGGUUUACAUGUGUUCAACGGUGUUACUCCUCUCCUGUCCAUGCUUAUUGUGCCAUAUAAUUUACACUUCUAUCAUGUAUUCAAAAAAGCUUAUUGUGAAGUUAUGUUAUGCAUAACAUAAAAUUGUUAUGCUGUAUGCAUUUAAGGCAAUUUACACCUGGUUCUUUAUAUUACUAUUCAUGACAGUGCAUAAUUACAAUUUCUCAAACAGUCAACAGAUUAUCAAAUGAACAUUAAAAACUACUGCCAAAAAUA